CGCCUUUCCGAGGGGCUGCGGGGAUCGCGGUGCCCUUCGCUGCCGGGCUGCCGUGGCCUCCUCGGGGUCGCGGCCACCCUGCCAGGGGUGGUCACUGACUCUCAGCCACGAGUGCGAGGGAGGGAGCCCGGUGUGCCCGCGUGGAGCAAGAGGGUGGAUGCCUUCGGGGUGCUCGUUGUGGCAGGAUGGGGGCCGGGCCACCACCGCGUCCGCGAGUCGGGGAUAUCCCGCCUCGAGGUGCCGUCCUGGGGUGCUCAAAGCCCAGGCAGCCCCCAGUGCUCCGGAGGUCCCGCGAACAGGCGAGCCCUUGUGUGGCUUCAGUGUGCCUCUGGGGAAGCCCUUUGCUGUGGUGUCUGGUCUAGAAGGUGCCUGCUGGGUCACGCAGGACCUUGAUACCAUGUGUGCUCCGAGAGUGAGGAUGUGGAACUGAAAGCAGUAACACCUCAGGGAGGCUUCUGAGGAGUGGGGUUAAACCUGGGCUGCUGCUGUGCCCCAGUCUCCAGCCCACUCAGGGGAACACGGCAGCCGAGCAGAGUCUUGAGGGGGACAGAAUAAACCCCCUGUGGGGCAGACCCCUCCUGCUCUGUCACUCCCCCUUCCCUGACAGCAGUCACAGACAAGGUUCCUUAGAGUUCAGCCGGUGGCUUUUGCUUGUUUUUCCUUUUUCCUCUCAAAACAAAGAGAGAAAUUUGCUUUCAGCUUUCACAGUAGUGUAGUAGGUGGAAGUGAGGUUAAGAAGAAGACUUGUGUGUGGCACAGAACUCGCUCUGGUGACAUCUCACUGUGCUUGCUGAUGCCCAUCACCCAAAAGUGACAUUUCAGCUUCUUGCUGCUGGGCUGACCCUCUUUCAGCCUCCUCCUGAGGCUGAGCAGUGUUCCCCAGGAUCCAGGUGCCCUUCCUGCCCCCAGUGUGCCUUUGCCAUGAACACUGAGGAGGAAGUGGGGCUGAAGGAGAUGGUUUGGGAGGGCACCAACCUGCAGGCAAGCUGGAUUUAGGACCAGGUGGGCUGCAGUGCCAAGGCCAUGGCUGCUUCCACUUGCUGACCAGGGCUGUGGAGGCUGAAGGAAGGUGGGCAGUGGGAGGGUGCCCAAGGAGGGUGUUGGACACACAUUGAGCCAUGGAAGGUCCUUUUGGGACCCUGGAAACCAGAGCCUAGGGAAGCACAGUCCCACGUGCAGAUGUCUCUGUGCAGUGCUAAGCUUCACUGGGACUGGGGGGGGCUGAACUGUGUGGUGGGAGGGGCUCUGGUAAGAGGACAUCAGCCAACCAGGGCUCUGUUCCCAGUCCGACUGACUGUGUUUCCACUGUCCCACUGUGUCUGGAAGCAGCUGGGGAAGCAGAGCUGCCUGCCUGACUUUGACACAGCCCAUGCCUGUCCCCUGCUUCAUGGAGAUGUGCAGCUGUGCCCUGUGUGCAGCAGGGAGUUGAGGUGCACAGCCCUGACAUAGCAGGGCCGUGAGCCCCGCUGCCCUUGCCAGCCCCUGUGCCCGCCACCAGGGCAGCAGUGUCAUUCCAGAGUAGGUUGUGAAGGAGUGCAGCAAGAGAGAGCAACCCCCAGACCAGCACUGGAGCUUAUCUUGGCCAAGGACAUGCUGGAAACCCCCCACGCCACCACUCAGGCUCCCCAUUGGCCAUUGAGCAGCCGGGAUGCUGCCGCAGCCGCAGGGCUCUUCACUACUUGCUUUUCUCUGUGCCAAAAACAAGCUCUCUCUCCCUCUGUGUCUGUGUCGUGCAUGGGGGGUAGCUCUGGCCAUGCAGUGGAGGGACAGUAAUGGGGGGGUAGUGUGGAUGGGCUCUUCUGUAGCCAGCUCCAGGAGAGAAGGUGGCUGCAACAGCAAGAGCCGUUGGCAUUACAGUCCCUGUGGGGAGGGAGAGGCAGGCUGAGCUGUGGCGGGACAGUGGUGCUGUGCUGGUUUAAUGUCACUUGUGCAGGUCAUGGUAGGAGCCAAGCAGGCUGCAAUUCCCCUCCCACCCCUUCUAGCAAGUCCAUGGGUGCAGUGGUUGCCCCAGCCCUGCUCGGUGCCUCCUUUCUUCCCUCUCCCAAAGCAGAUGGUGAGGGAGUGAGCUGGGGUUGUGCUGUGCCGGCUUGGGGCAUGGGGAGGACUGGGGGCUCCUGUAGCCCUGUGCAGCCCCCCCAGCAGAGGUUGGGGUGCCGUGACCCAGCUGUCCUUCUCACAGGAUCCAAGGUGCUGGUGUCUUACCCUGCCUGGAGCCUGAGGUCCCGUGUGCCCAUCCGCCUCCCGACGUCACCAAUGCGACCAUGGGAACUGGCAGUGAAUAGGCGGCCGCCCUCUGCCCCUUUUGCCCAGCGCCGUUUCUCGGGGGGACCCUGCAGCAGCCCCGACCACCUCCGGCGAAGCCCCCCUGCCAGGCGUCAGUGGGGACGACGCGACAGACCUCUGGCUACCCUGCUGGGCCAGGAUGAGCCCCAGCUGCACCCUGCCUUCCCCCAGCAGCCGCACAUCCCUGUAGAUGAGCCCCGUGCCUACGCUCUUCCCAGCUCGCCGCCACGAAUGCUUCACCCAGCUGCUCACCCGCCCCACCAGAACCCAUUCAUGGUGGAUCUGCAUGACCAGGUGCACCAGGGACCUGUCCCUCUCUCCUACACGGUUACCACCGUCACGACGCAAGGCUUCCCCAUCCACGCUGGCCAGCACAUCCCUGGGUGCAGCACCCAGCAGCUCCCAGCAUGCUCAGUGAUGUUCAGUGGACAGCACUACCCGCUCUGCUGCCUCCCACCCCCGCUGAUUCAGGCAUGUGCCAUGCAACAGCUUCCCGUCUCCUACCAGACAUUCCCCCCCAUCAUCUCCAGCGACCAUUACAUCCUGCACCCGCCCCCGCCGCCAGUGCCCCCUCACCAGCCGCCCCACAUGGCCCCCCUGGGGCAGUUUGUACCUCUCCAAGCCCAGCAUCCACGCAUGCCUCUGCAGAGGAUAGACAAUGAUGUGGACCUGCGCGGGGAGCAGCACCCCAUCGCAGGCUUCACAUACCCCCCGUCUCACCACGCCCCCACGCUGUCGCCCUCCAUGCCGCUGCAUUACCUCCCCCACGACCCGCUGCACCAAGAACUGCCAUUUGGUGUGCCAUACCCCCACAUGAUGCCCCGGCGGCUGAACACUCAGCGGUACCGGCUGCAACAGGCACUGCCCCCACCGCCACCCCCUCCACCGCCGCCUCCGUACUAUCCGAGCUUCCUGCCCUAUUUCCUCUCUAUGCUUCCUGUGUCACCGACGGCCGUGGGACCCACGAUCAGCCUAGACCUGGAUGUGGAUGAUGUGGAGAUGGAGAAUUACGAGGCACUGCUGAACUUGGCCGAGCGGCUGGGGGAGGCCAAGCCACGGGGACUCACCAAAGCAGACAUCGAGCACCUCCCGUCCUACCGCUUCAACCCUGAGAGCCACCAGUCUGAGCAGACCCUGUGCGUCGUGUGCUUCAGUGACUUUGAGGCCCGGCAGCUUCUCCGCGUCCUGCCCUGCAACCACGAGUUCCACGCCAAGUGUGUCGACAAAUGGUUAAAGGCGAACCGCACGUGCCCGAUCUGCCGGGCGGACGCGUCGGAGGUGCAGCGGGAGGCGGACUGAAGCUGGCGGGCGCUGUGCCGCACAAUUCGCUAGAGGACGAGGUUGCCGGGCCGGGGCGAGGGCCGCUGCCCGCUGCUGGGGCCUGACCCUGCGCUUACCCCCCUCCCCAAAGCCUCUCCUCGGAUGUGGUGAGCAUUGAGCAGUCCGGGCUCCCGGCCAGCCCUCCUCCUCCCCGCCGGGGCACGGACUCGGCCGGACGCCUGCCCGCUGCGCUCCCAGGGUCCCGAAUCGUGUUGUGCUGGAGGCGGGAGGCGCGUGGCCGUGCCCUCCGCGCUCCAAAGACGCUGUUGUUGCUCCAUCACUUUUCCAGGUCUUUGUACUCUGCUAGGGAAUUAGUGGUUUUUCCCUUUGUCACUAUUUUUUUUUUUUUUUUUUACAAUAUUUUUUUUCCUGUUUCCAUUUCCGUCACAAUUUUGGUUCCAUGACCGUUUUCCCCAGGGGUGCGCAGGCGGCUCCUCCCCUCAGCGUUGCUCGAGGAGGACACAGGGAGGAGAGAGGAGGGAGCGCUGUGGGUUUGAUGCUGCGGCACCCCAAGCCGGAGCGCUGGGCCGGCCCCGGGGACGGCCAGAGGAGGUGCCUGGCGGAAUGUGGCCAAGGUGGGACACCAGCAACCCUGCAGCAGGGCCGGGGCAGGAAGGCAGGAACGUCUGUCCCUGCUCUCAUACGCAGCCCGGCUCAGCCCUUUUCCUGCCUCAGGUGCCCUGGGAAGCCCCAGAGGGUUAUGGCUGCUUAGGGUCUUUCACCAGUGGGAGGACAGUGCUGGCACGGCCCUGGCCCCUCUCCCUGUUCAUUCCCCUGUGCCUGGCUGGUGCAGCUCCCGGGGCCAAGUCAUGUGGCAUCCUAUGAGGCAGCCAGGCCUGAGGGGGCAUGCCCGCCCUAUCCUGUGGCCAUGGGCUUGUGGUGUCCCCGGUGUGCUGCCUGGCCCCUGGCUCCUGCUCUCGUUUCCCUGUCCCGACUAUGUAAAUCAAGGUAGCCCCGUGCCCCGUCCUGCUGGCUGGACGGUGUGGUGCGGUGUCCCUGGCCGGUGGGCAGCAGGGGCUGGCUAGGCUGCAGCGGGUGCCCCCCCAGCCCCCGGAGCAGGGAGUUUUAUUCAUAACCUCGUGGUGUAUUUUCAGUGCUACCCUGGCCCUGCCCCGGCUGGCGCUGGGGGAGCUGUGAGCAGCCCCCCUGUUGCCAUAUCCCCCCUGCCCAUGCGGGGCCGGGUGACAGGGCUGGGGGAGAAUCUGCCACACCGCCGCCUGGCUCCAUCAAUCCCGCGUGGCCGUUGUUUUGCAUGAUUAAUUAGCGAGGAGGGUGACGGGAGGCGGUGGCGGGGGUGGUGGUGAGAGCACCGCCCUCCCCUCGUGGCGCAUCGCUGACGCCUGGGAGCCUCCGAGCGGACGCCAGCCCUAUGUAAAUGUUCACAAAUAUGCAUGCAUGUCUGACCAGCUUGGAACGUGGUCUUGGCUACGUCUAGCCGGCUGUGGGGUGAGGGGGGGUGGGGAGA